AUGUUUAAAUUCCGGAUCGAUAACACGGAUCACAUAAUAGAUGUGAAUCGGGGUAACGUUGCCUACGAGUACGAUCAGGUGAACAUUGUUUGUCCCAUGUAUUCAAAAGGCACUCGAGAGGACGACAUCGAGACCUUUAUUAUAUAUAAUGUAUCAAAGGAGGAGUACGACACGUGUCGUGUGACGAACGCGAUGACCGCCCGAACCAUCGCUGUCUGUGAUAAGCCAUAUUUGAACCGAUACUAUACCGUAACGUUCAGACCAUUUACACCACAACCGGGUGGCCUCGAGUUCAGGCCCGGACAGGACUAUUACUUUAUAUCACUGUCGAACACACCGUCUCAGUCGCCCGGAAGAUGUAAUUCCCAUCACAUGAAAGUCGUAUUCAAAGUGUGUUGUAAGAGGAGUUCGCAUUUGAGAAGUAAUAGUGUUUUGGGUGAGGGGUCUGAA